AGGAGAAAACGAGAAGAUAAAACCGGCCGUGGUUUCGGAGAUCUCCAACGCCCUUUCUCUCUCGUUUUAUUGUUCUCUUUUUUUCUUUUCUUUUUUGUAAACUUACUGUGUAAAUGCGUAUCGCCUUCCCGGUAUAUCCGCGUCUCCCUCGCGUUUCCCCCUUCUUCUUCCCGUCUUCGCCGGUCUUUCCCCAGAUCUUCUCCCCCAAAUCCCCUUCCGGCGAGCGAUCUGCACCAGUUUCCGGGUUUCUUUGCCGACUUUGCUGCGAAGACGCGGAUUUGCUCGAGGUUACGGGGCUCGUUUUGGUGGAGUUUUGGAGUUUUUGGGCGGCGGAGGAGGAGGAGGGUUCAAGCUUCCGGCGGGGAUGGUGGCGAGGAUGAUGAGGUGGCGCCCGUGGCCUCCGCUGAUGUCCAAGAAGUUCCAGGUGCGGCUGGUGUUGCGGCGGAUGGAAGGGGUGGAGGCGGAGGCGGCGGAGAGGGUGACGGCGGAGGUGCGGUGGAAGGGACCGAAGGCGGCGCUGAGCAAGCUGCGGCGGACGAUGAAGAGGAACUGCACGAGGGAGGAGGAGGUGAGAGAUGGGUCGGUGGAGUGGGACGAGGAGUUCGAGAGUGUGUGCUCCCUCACGGUCCACAGGGAGAACUCCUUCCAUCCGUGGGAGAUCGCGUUCGCCGUCUUCAAUGGUUUGAACCAAGGAUCGAAAAACAAGGCAUCUAUUCUUGGAAUGGCUUCAUUCAAUCUGGCAGAGUUCACAACUUCAGCUGAAGGAGGGAUUGAGUUGAACCUUCCAUUGUUGCUGCCUGGUGUUGCUACUGGGUCUCCUCCAUCACUUCGUCUGGUUCUUGGCUUAUUGGAAUUGAGAACAUCCCAGGAAUUGCCAGAGAUGGUGCAGAGGCCAAUAGUGCCUGCUCCAUUGUCCCCUUCAUCUGGAGAUGCUCUCUCUUCAGAGAAAGAUGAGCUUUCUGCUCUUAAAGCGGGAUUGAGAAAGGUGAAAAUUCUUACAGAGUUUGUGUCAACCCGGAAGUCUAAAAAGGCAUGCCGGGAUGAUGAAGGUAGUGAAGGCAAGUGCUCUGCGAGGAGUGACGAUGCAGAAAAAACAUACCCAUUUGACACGGACUCUGUUGAUGAUGAUCUUGAUGAAGGAGAACUGGAAGAUGGGAAAGAGGAUUCUAGUAUUAGGAAGUCGUUCAGUUAUGGCACAUUGGCAUCUGCUAACUGUGUUGGGGGUUCGUUGUACUGUGAUGCGAGGACAGAUGGGGAAUACGAGGACUGGGUCUACUAUAGUCAUCGAAGAUCUGAUGUGGGCUACUCACAUGUGGAGGAGACGGCAUCACCUGUUCCUGAACAAUCUAUGUUGCAGACUUCAAAAAGGAGUAUCCUCCCAUGGAAAAAGAGGAAGCUAAGUUUUAGAUCUCCUAAGGCCAAAGGCGAGCCACUAUUAAAGAAAACCAAUGGAGAAGAGGGAGGAGAUGACAUUGACUAUGACCGUCGGCUGCUGAGCUCUUCUGAUGAAUCUCUCUCUGUGGUGAGACAAAAGGUGGACGAAGAUGGUGCUACAAAUCGCUCAUCAGUUUCUGAUUUUGGUGAUGACAGUUUUGUGGUAGGCAGCUGGGAGUCAAAGGACCUAGUGAGCCGUGAUGGUCACAUGAAGCUUUCCACCCAGGUCUUCUUUGCAUCGAUUGACCAGAGGAGCGAGCGAGCUUCUGGUGAAAGUGCAUGCACAGCUCUAGUUGCUGUCAUUGCAGAUUGGUUUCAAAGAAACCGAGAUAUGAUGCCUAUCAAGUCUCAGUUUGACAGCCUUAUUCGAGAAGGUUCUCGUGAGUGGAGGAACCUCUGUGAGAACCAAACAUACCGGGAGCGCUUCCCUGACAAGCAUUUUGAUCUUGAAACAGUUCUUCAGGCGGAGAUCCGCCCACUUUCUGUUGUUCCAAGGAAGUCUUUCAUUGGGUUCUUUCACCCUGAAGGCAGUGAUGAUAACAGUGGCUUUGACUUCCUGAAUGGUGCCAUGUCUUUCGACAACAUCUGGGACGAGAUCAACCAAGGUGGACCAGAUUUUCCGACUGAUGGAAGUCCUCACCUCUAUAUUGUGAGCUGGAAUGAUCACUUUUUUGUUCUCAAAGUUGAACAUGAUGCCUAUUAUAUAGUAGACACACUUGGUGAGAGGCUUUAUGAAGGGUGUGACCAGGCUUACAUUCUGAAGUUUGAUGAAAGCACAACAAUUCACAAACUUUCUGGCGAGAAGAAGACUGCUAAUAGUGAGGCCACAGGAGCUGGUGGUGCGGAUGGUUUGACGCAAGAGCAGCAUAGUGGAAAUGAAUUUUCGGAGGGGGAGCUUGUCUGCAGGGGGAAAGAGUCCUGCAAGGAGUACAUCAAGAGCUUCUUAGCCGCAAUCCCAAUUAGGGAACUGCAGGCUGAUAUUAAGAAGGGGCUGAUGUCUUCGACACCUCUCCAUCACCGACUCCAGAUUGAGCUCCAUUACACAGAGCCAUUCAAGGAGGUGAGUGCAGCGGUGCUGCCACUAGCAGCAACGGAGACAGUCCCUGAGUUUUCGUGGCCAUUGGAUCCGAUAGCAGCAUUUAACCUAACACCAGCAGUUGUCGUAUAGAGAAUGGAGAGUUACUUGGUGUAGGGCUGGCUGUCCUUUCCUUUAACUUGGAUUAAGUGUGUUACAUUAUAGGUAGCUGCUGUCUAUUUGAGAUGGAUGGGCUAAAGCAACGAUGCCCAUCAAAGAGUGGUCCUAUCUUUUCUAUGUUUCUUUUUCUUGCAUUGAUUUUAGCUGAUUUUUAUGCUCUUGUUAUAUGUCAUCUGCAGCCCUCAUUUUGUAAAGUGGUUUUUAGUUGUCUGGACUUAUCCAAGUGCCUGAUAAACUGCAUAGUGGCAUGUAAAUAUCCUUAAUGGAUGGACUUAUCGUUUGCCGGUUUUACGAGCUGCUAUUUCUUAAA